AUGCCGACCAAUCGAGCUGCUUGGAUCAGGGGACCAAAGUCCUAUCCCUUGGAAGUGGGGCCAGCUACGUUUCCGACUCCGAAGUCGGGUGAGGUUAUCAUCAAGGCCCAAACCUAUGCUCUGAAUCCAGUCGAAUGGAAGGUCCAAUACUGCAUUGGCUUGGGAGUAAACGACCCAGCAUUUGGUGGUUUCCAGCUCUACCCUACUCUGUUUGCUUCGUUGGUCUGUCCAAUUCCGGACAGUCUGAGCUUCGACGAGGCAGCUGUGGCUCCCCUUGCUGUGACCACGGCAGCGGUGAACCUAUACCACCGCUCUCACCUAGGCUUACCACUUCCAAGCCUAAACCCUCAACCCAGUGGCAAGGCCAUUUUGGUCUGGGGCGGAUCAUCUUCAGUCGGUUCUACGGCUAUUCAGUUGUCUGUCGCUUCUGGACUGGAAGUAAUAAGCACGGCGUCGAAGCUCAAUCAUAGCCUCGUCAAAUCCGUUGGUGCGACUACCGUCCUUGACUACAAAAGUCCAACCAUUGUGCAAGACGUUGUGUCUGUGCUGUCAGGUCGUGAACUUGUUGGCAUCUUUGACGCUAUUUCAGAGCCAGAAUCCAUGAGACCUGUCAGCGAAAUCCUCGAUCAAGUUGGCAGCCACAAAGUUGGUCUUGUGGUGCCACCAACAAUCGAGUUGUCCAAGAACUUCAUCCCCACAUUGUCACUUGCAUUUGAGAUCUUGAAUAAUGAUGAAAGCAAGGUUUUGAACCACAUAUGGCAGGAAUUUCUGCCCGAAUCUAUUCGCCGAGGUAGCUUCCAACUCCAGCCUCCCCCGGUCAUUGUUGGCAAGGGCCUUGGUGACAUCCAGCAAGGACUAGAUAAGUUGAGAUCUGGAGUCUCAGGGCAAAAGUUUAUCGUGCACGUCUGA